GAAAUAUGUCAAAUAUGCCAACGGAGUGAAUUUUGUAAAUAUGUUUAAAAAAAGUAAUUUUAGGUGAAAUUGUUUGAAAUUUUUUUGUGUAAUGUAAAUACGACUAUGUGAACAAACAAGAAAUAAUAUCAAAAUGCGCUUUAACAAGCAAGAAUUGAUAACCUUAGCUAGUCAACCUUCCACGAAAUUCGAAAAAGAGGGCAUUUUGUUUCUACGGGAAAAACAAGAAGGAUUCUUCAGAAAAACCGAAAUUGCCUACGAAAGAUGGUGUCGACUAAGAGGAAAUUUAUUGUUUUAUUUCAAAAGCCGAGACCCUUGGUCCGAACCUUUGGGCGUAAUCGUACUGGAACAAUGCCAAGUGAGAAUAGACCCUCCGAUGUCUUCUACGGGCUUCACCAUAGAAGGCCACUUUCCGUUCUAUUUGGUAUUCGACGGAGGAUUGUGCCACGGUUUAGCGACGCCUUCGGACGUAGAAAGAUCCAGUUGGAUGGACGCCAUAAGACAGGCCAGUUACGAAGGUAUACGAGCCGAAUUGAGCGCUCUCAGGCAAUGCAUCGAACGCAAAAAAAACCACAAACCGGUAGUGGACCUUCAAACGUGGCGCCUCCAACACACCUGCCCAUUGGACGUCAACGAAAUCCCCCUUUGCGAAGCCUCUUUUGCUUGUGAUAAUCUACUCUGCGACGGGCACGGUCGCCCUCCGAAUCCCUCUUUAGUUGUCGAUGUAUUCGUGCAGUCUUCCAAAUGCUGGAUACAGUACGGUCGAACGGAAGUUAUCGAAAGAUGCAGCAAUCCGAUAUUCUUGAGCACCGUCAGUUUCCGGCCAUCCGACGGUCUCUCCAGGGACACCAAAGUUAGAUUUACGGUGUUCGAUGUGAAAGAAAGAGUGUCCGAUACCGCCAUACCUUUAGGUUCUACUUGUGUACUAUUAAGCGUUGUACAGGACUCGACGAGGUUGAGGAUUCCGAUGACUUCCAGGUCGCAAAGCACCGUCGGUUUUUUGACUAUAAGCGCCUGGUUUUUGGAAAGGGAAGAUAAAGGUAGCAGUACGGAGCAUACGCCUUGUAAAAAACUGGUUCAUCCUCCUGCGCAAGCGUUUUCCCAUCGGAGAUCUCAAUCGCUACCGCCGAGAUUAGGCGUAAAAACGAAAUUACCCAAUCAAACCGAAUUGAAAUUAAUCGUGGCCUCGCCUUACUUGCAAACGUAUCGAUUCCAUUCGGGCUUAGGCGGCGACAUAAGCGUGCACGAAUACAUGGCGGAGAGUCGGGUGUGCUUCACCUUUCCCCGGCAAAUUUUGGACAUUUGGAUCCAACAGGAGAAGGAACUCCUCCAAGAGGUGGCCGGCAUGGGAGAGCUCCGCGAACCGUGGCAUUCCAGACAAGUGGAGUUGCUCGAUCGACAUUUGCACCUGUUGCGAUUGUACUCGCAGGCCAGGGAAAACCUGCAGGCCCACAAGGGCAGCCUCUUUAAGGCUUCGUCGAGGAAAGGGGACCGCAGUUUGGAAUUCGCCCCCGUCAAUUUGCACGUGCAAAGGCUUUGGGUGCACAACGAUACGCUGAACAAGUCCGGUUUCUACGAUUGGGUGACCGUGGGGGCCUUCACGGCGCAUUCGCACAAAUCCAAAAACGGAGGAUUGAUAAAAUUGGUUCAGCAAUUGAAAGAGUCUCCGAUCAAAACCGGUACGAAUUGCCAGAUAUCGACGAAAAUCGCUAUGGCCAAUGACGCCAUACAGGCCAUUAAACAAUUAAGAAAAGAAGUAGUGGAAGCCAUGAGGAAUUUAAUGCGAUUAGCCAAAGAAAAACAAACCGUCGGUAUGCUGCCGAUAUGCGAGGAUAUGAUCAACAAAACUAGAAUACUACUAAGCUUAUGGGAUUCAGGUUUAGUAGAGGAAGCGUUGAAUUUCAUCGAAGAAUACAAAUUAGUGGCUAACGAAGAUUCGGGCGUUGGCGACGAUUCGAGCAUGGACAGUCUCGGAAGACCGAACGUGCUUUCGCCAUUCAAAAGAAUUACGCAACAACUGACAUCUUUGGAUUUGAGGAGCCCCGAUUUGGAAGACUUCGCUACGCCCUGUACGCCCGUCAACGACGAGGACAUUUGGAAGGUGCGAAGCAACGAAUCGAAUUUGAACGUACUAACCACCAGCGAAGUGGUAAAGAGUUUGUGUUCGAACAUGAAAACGCCCGAUGACAGUAACUUCGUGUUGUUUCCCGAUUGCGAAGAGGCCCACAACGAGAACGCUACAGUGGACAGUACCGAACGACGGGGCUCCUCGCCCGCGCCCCCCGAAGCUCGAAAAACCGACCAGGACGCCGGUCGAACGUUUUUAGAUACCAAUAUAAUGUGCAAUUCGCCGUCGGCAAAUUACUACAAGCCCACCGACGAGCCGGAGCCCUGGGACAUUACGCAGCUCAACAUCGAGGCCAGCGUCAUGUGUUUGGUCAGCAAGGUGAAGUUUUUGUGCGGCCGGUGCGGCAGUCCCGCCGUCAGAUUAAAACCCAGGAAUACGAAGAAACCUGUCAUCGUAGAACAAUCGGGAGGCGGUAAAGGAGCGAUAACGGAUAAAGAGGUCGAGGCGGUGUCGAAAGCGAUCGAUAAAAUCGUGAAGAACGGCAACAAAUUCACCGACGGUUUGGACAUCAACAAAAUCAACGAUUGGGCUUCGGAGCUGAGACCCAGCAUGCGAAAAUUGCGCCUGGCGAUGGACGGUUUGUUAAAAACGGCCAGAUUGACUCAUUCCGUGUUUCGAGUACAAGAGAGCCCGAAGGUGGCCCAAAGGUUUUGUAACGUUCGGUAUAGACGGGACGUUUGUUUUUCGCAAGCCUUGACGUCUUUGGUGACGGGCCUGCUGGUGAGACUCUGGUGUCAUAAACCCGAUUUGAAUUUCAUCACGUUAUUGAGCGGCUUGGGUCCUCUCGCCCACUUCGAAGGAUUGCUCAGCUACUACGGCAACGAGAUCGAUAUGUGGGGCGACAUGUCAGUCGCCAUCGAAGACCUACGAACGGUUUUAUUCAUUUUAGUGAGGAGUCCCAGUCCGUCGACGGAGCCCUGUCCGAAUCCGAAGGUGAGCGGUACGCGAAACUCCCUGGUGGUGGCGCUGCCCGUACCGGACGCUCUCUACAGUUUGAUCGGAUCCCGUCAAUCGAUCUCCUUUCACGUCACUCCGGUGUUCUUUAACAUCGGUAUCAACGAAAUGGCGACGGUGGCGGAGAGUUUGGGCUCGACCAAACCGCAGGAACGGUCGAACGUCGACAAUUUCGAUCGGUUGAACGAGUACUAUUUGCGCUACAAGAAGCUGAAGAUCGUCGAUAACGCGAGGAAAUUGUCGGGCGCCGCUGCCGGUCAAGUUAAACCGGUGGGGGCGAUUAUGGACGAAUUGAGGGCGUCGGUGCAUUGUAAUAAAGCGAAGAACGUCGAAACGUUGCAUUUGGCGGCGCAGAUUUGUCGACAGCUUAACGGAUUAAGAUUUACGAGUUGUAAAAGUGCCAAAGAUAGGACGGGAAUGUCGGUGACAUUGGAAGAAACGCUUAUCCUUUCCGAUGUGUAUCAUUUAGCCGAGCACGAAUUUCAACGAGCCUUAGACUGCUUAAGGAGCGAGGGUUGUCGAAGAGAGAAUUGCUUCAAGAACAUCGGCAUAAAGAAGUACGCGUUCAAUGCCAUGCAGCUUUUGGCGUUUCCGAAGUACUAUCGACCACCGCCUGGUACUUACGGUUCCGCGCAAACCUAGGCGGGUUUCUGUUUCGAAUUUUCUCCGAAAAAAUCGGGUCGAAAUCAUAGAGAAUAUAGAGUGGAAAAAGCGUGUAUUCGUAGAUGGCACAAAGGUAGAUAUCAGUGUUGCCAGAAGUAGCGUGAUUCAAACACAUUGUUGCCAGAAGUAGCGGAAUUCCACUGCUGUCAAAAUUGUCAAAAUCUGUAAUUAUUUUCCAAGCGCAUCCUUAUGCUUUUGCCACUCUAUACAUAUUUUAGGGUAUUCUAUGGUCGAAACAUCGAAAUGGUAUCUAUCCCAAAAACGUUUUAGUCGUUUGAUAAGUAAACAGUUCAUAAGUAAACGAUUCCUUACCGGUAUAUUUAUUUUUUACUCGAUAAUUUUAAGAUAAACUUUUUUUUAUCGACGGCUAUUUUAGAGUUUAUUUUCCAUUUACAUUAUACUCGAGAGACGAUAAAUGUGCUUUAUAGAUAACAUUUUGAUGUUGAAUUCAAACGUUUACAUUUCCAUAAACGUGCUUAUUAUUAUAUGUGAUUAAUUUUUGAUUUUAUCUAUUUAUUUUUCAAUUAUUUUUUUUUAAAUUUUAUUAAUACUCAUUUUGAACGUGAAAUAAAAGCGUCCCACUAAAAGUUGAUUGAUAUUUUCGUUAUGAAUGUUACGCAACUAAUGAAUUCUAAAACGUAGUAAUUGUAUUUGUGAUUAAUCGUAAUUAAAUUUAAAAAAAAAAGUAAAUAAGUUUCCCGACAAUAUCAACAAUUGGCUAGUGUCGAUGCUUUUAUUGUGCCAUUAUAAACCUACAGGGUGUCUCGCAUAAAAACCUAUAGGGGAGCCUUCAAAGAUGGAGUAUAUCGAUUCUCAUGCGGGACACCCUGUAUUUUUCAUUAUUAUGUGUGCAAGUACUAACUAAAUUUGUGUUGUACUUAACGUUGUUAAACUCGAAUAAUGAAUUGUAUAAUUUCGAUAGGACUCUCUUGGACAAUCUGUUGAGAAACGUUAAUUCCAAAAUAAAC